AUGUCAGCCACCCCCGGCCCAACUUGGGCCGUCUUGAACGAUAUCGAGCCAACGUCUUCUGUCGCCCCGUCAGAGGACGAACUCGUACCAAGCUCUCAGGAUAUGCGCGACGAAAUCGACCCGACGCCGCCCCCAGGAAAGAGGAAGCUGGAGACGUCUCUCACUGAAGAUGAAAUUGGUCAUGAAGCUCCAUCCUCGUCCUCAACUCAAAACUUCAUCCCAAAGUCUCCGCUUCCCAAUCCUCUGACUCAGACUACCAAGAAGAGAAAGAAGAGAAAGAUCAUAGAUAACUCAGGAGCAAGUCCAGAAUUUGUGAGGGUUCCUCUCCCUCCGUUGUCCAAACCUCCCAAGAACAGGGAUGCGAGCUUGUCCAAACCUCCGCCCGCCACUCAAAUACCUAUUCGCGGUGGCGCGAAGUCGCAGACAUCGGCCCGGAAACGCAAGAAUGCCACAGCCAACAUUUUCUCGUCCGAGGACGAAGCUGUCAUUAUCCCUGCGAAACAGGUACCUGCUUCGCAACCCACUCCCAACGUUGGCAGUGAGAGGAGAGCUGGUGUCAAUCCAGACUGGACGCCUAUGUCUGCUCCCAAGCUUCCCCCGAUUCGAGAGAAAUUCAGCCGCGAUGAACGAGUCUCGCAGACACAACCCGCAGCGCCUUUGCCACGGCCACAGCCACGUCCGCGUCCGUCUCUGCCAGCGUCGGGAAGUGAGGCGACCACGUCGGAACAGUUACCAGCUGUGUCGAGCAUGGAAGCGUCCUCGUCGACCCAACCUGAUGCAUCCUUGUCGCGUCCAUGUCUGCGUCCACGUCUAUCUCUGCCCGUGUCGAGACUUGAAGCGUCCGGAUCGGACCAGUUACCGGUUGUGUCGAACAAGGAACCGUCUGCAUCAAAACAUGCUCCAAUCGUGUCAAAUAAAUACGUGUCGAAAAAGGAGACAUCCUCAGUGAAAGAUCUACCAACUGCCUCACGCAAGACAGCAUCGUCGUCGAAACAUGUGUCGAUUGUGUCGAGCAAGGGCGCGGCGUCGAAAGAUGCACCAACUGUGUCAAGCAAAGACGCAUCCAUGUCGAGCAAACAGAAUACUAAACGGCGGAGAAGCCCUGGGUCAUCAUCGGACGAUGACCUGCCUGAGAACUUAUCGAGAAUGCGCGAUAAACACAAGAGGCGCCGCACUCGGAGCUCUGUAGCUGCUCUCACCACUAUUUCGCGGAUACCAAGUAGCUCUCAGCCCGUCCGCGGUCGGCCGAAAGUUGGCUCAGUCUCAGCGAAGAUCAAGACCCAGCCUCGGCAACGUGCCCCACCUCGCUUUGCGAUAAGCGCAACUCAGGCUCCUGACCGCCGGAAGUCGGCUAUAUCCAAGGACGAUUUUAUUGAGUUAUUCGAUGAUGAACAGCCGACACCAUCUAAGCGUGUUCGGCGGUCAUCUGGAUUCCAGUCACCAGCAGACAUCAUUGUGAUUAUGGAUAGCGAUGAUGAACAACCUCCCUCUCCCCAUCCUCCGGCCUCUCAAAAUCUUAGCACCAACUGGAGAGCUUCUUCUAUUCAGUACAACGUCGACGCUGAUGGCGCUAUUGUGCUCAUUGAUAGUGACGACGAUGAGGUCCCGAACAAGACUUCGUUUGAAAAUCCAAAAGCCGGAACGCAUGUUGAGCAUCAAGAGGAUCAUUCUCAUGACGCUCCGUCAUUGGAUGAACCUCCAGUUGAGCCCAUUGGCGACGCAGACGAUCAUCAAGCGGACGAACCUACAGACGAACAGCUCGGUGGUGCCGAGGUCCACAGGCAGCCAGAUGAUAUCCAAAGCAGCUUGAAUCGGGACAAUGCUCCUCCGCUGGAUGAACCAACAGUCGUGCCUAUUGACGAUGCUGGUGGUCACCGUAUUGAAAGCCAGGGAUUUGUGGACCACUUCGCUGCGCCGCUGGAUGAGCCUGUUGUUGGUGUCGAUGAGGUACCGGAAGCCGACGCCCAUCUCUCUGAUUCCGACAAUGUCUCGUCUGGCGUUGAUGGUCAAGUCACUGACGAUGUGCGCCAAGAGUCAACGGAGCCCGGCAGCUACUCAGAUACAUCUGUGCCCUUACACUCAAAAUCUGUUGGCUCUGCCAGGAGUGCCAGUGCGGAGACUUCUGCAGUCCAAGGCCGAUUGCAAGACUUGAACCUGGAUAGCGAUCAUGGGCACAGUGUUCAUUCCGAGGAUGCCGCUGCUGUCAAAGUCAUGGAUGCUCGUACAUCUUCAAGCCUUGGUGAUACACAGGUCGGGUUACCUGUGACAGACGAGGUGUUGAAUCCAGAGGGGCCCGAGGCCUCCCGGGAGGAUAUAGCCGGCUUCUCAGAGCCUGCAGCUAAAUCAGAUGACUGCAACAUCCCAAUCAUUUUGGCUCAAGCCUCCGAUCGAGAACUAAACGCAGUGCCAAAUACCACUGGGGGCUAUGCGGAAUCAAAGAUGCAGCUUGAACAGCCUAUUGUUGCACAAAGUGCCCCUUCUGGUCUUCGGAUACGCAAGGAGGACGUCACAAUGCAAAUCAGUGGCUCCAUCAAUACUGGGACGAAGAAGACUCAGAGGACGGUCGUGCUUUCGACGAAAUCUCCGUCGUUGCCGCAUCCGGUACAGAAGUUACGCGCACUGUAUGGGGGCCCUAACGGAUUCUUCAAGGAUAUUUUCAAGCAGCAGGUUAAGAGUCGGUCUUCCUCCACUAGCGUUGUUGAGUCAAAUUCGGCAGUCAAGACUCCAGUCGUGGACGACUCCAGUGCUCAGAUAUCUUCUCCGCGUGCCUUUAUAUCUGCGCCGGACAAGGACAAGGUAGCGACGAGCAUAUAUGCAGGACCCGCCAAUAUGUCGCAUACGUUCACUAUGCCUCCCCAGUCUGAAGUUUCUUCAAUAGUAACUGAGUCCUUGGAUGCUGACUCAUCAGGGGCAUCUUGCGUACAGCAAGUGCUCGAUCACCGUUCACAAGGUCCCCUUCUCAAUGCUACACCUGAGUCCCUCAAGGACGUACAGAAGCUACCUCCGGCUGAGACUGGUUCGGUGGUGUCUGAUCCGGAUGAAGCAACCUUAACCUAUGCUAUGAAUCGUGUUCAUGUCGCUUCGUCUUCUCCUGCAUCUGCUUCCGGUGAAACUCAGCCUGACAUACAGUCACUGAAGGAUGCUCUUACUGGCCAUGCUCUGAAGACAGAAGAAGAAGACAGGAUAACUCCUGCCAGUCAACACAUCCCCCGGACACACACGAGUCCUGAAACCACGCAAAGGUCCAAGGGUCAAUCCUUGACGGAAGUGAUUAACAUAGCGUACUACUCUAAUGUUCGAGGUUCGAAGACGGUUUCCAGCGACAGACCGAUUAUUGAUCUCACCUCGGAUCCAACUGAAGAAGAGGUAGUAACAACGCCUACCCAAUCUCUUCAAACAGAUAACAUUGCGCCGAAUGAGUUGUCGACGAACGCCAUAAUUCACUCGCAGAGGCUUGAUGACACAGUUGUGCCUCCACUUAAGAAUUCCGAUCAUUCUUCCCUGCCCGAACCUUCACUUUCACCUCGGCCCGCUCUCGUCCAGCCACAGCAGGUGAAAUCGAGACUUGGCCUUGAUGAGAUCCGAAAUAUUCGUUCGAGGUUGGUGAGUCGGCAGCUUUCUGCUACUGGCAUUUCUGUGGACAAAGGUCACUGGCAAGAAUCCACUGGCCUCUCAGUCCCCGCGAAGGUUGAGAUUUCGACUCAGUUUUCCCUUUCUGAUGUCAAUCCCGUUUCGUAUCCGGACACCGGAGGAACGCUUCCCAAUCUUGAGAGACUUAGCGCGUCUUUACUCCCCUCAAACUCUUCGCCCGCAAUGCAGGACUCCUUUUCAUCUGCUGUCCAUGCUGUGGGAACCAGACAAUUCCCGGUCACAGCGGACACGAAUCCUCCAGAGCAAGUGAUGGGGCAUCUUGAGGAACCGGAUGGGGCAGAAGCCGUUCGCACUGAUGAACAGUGCAUGUUAACUGUCAACGAUCUGCCGCAGGACGCAGGUGCACCGAUAGAAAUUCCCCUCGGAGAGCAAUCAAACAACAGUACACUCCCUCGGUCACAGCGUGAAGAUGAUGAAGAACGGGAGUGUUUACAGAUUCUCACAUACCCAGACUCCAGCGUUAUCCUAGACACUAGUGAUGUUGAGAUGUCUGACGAGCGGGCCAGUAUCGCUUCAACUUCAAGGGAAAAAAGAUCGGCUCCUUCCUCCGCAUCUUCUGAGACUUCAAUCGCACAGCGACGCCCUCGACGUUUGGUCCGCCGUUCACCGAGCUCUUCCAGCUCCUCUUCACUUGGUCCGGUGGAACCUCUCGAUGACAUCCCCACUUUGGCGGAAGCUUGUAUCCGAAUACGGCGCAACGGGAGCGAUGGAUUCGAAGAUCCGCAGGCGAUCUCAGGAUCAUCUCUUUCAGAGUGCGGCUUCGAAUUGCUGACUUGGGAGAAAGAUCAUGCGCGAAUGAUGGCAAAGGAGUUUGCUGACAUGUGCAAACUGGCGAAAGACAUGCCACAUGAAAUCCAAGACAGACUCAAUGCCAUGAGUCUUGCCGCAAGACGUGCUGAUGACAUGCAAGUAAAGCUGUUCGAAGCCUUUAUAAGCGAGAACACUUAUGCCGAUGAGCCCUUUGCUCCUCCCAUUCACAUCAUCAACAACAUGGACGACGAGUUGACCCCUCCUUGUGAAUUUCACUACUCGAAUCUUAUGUGGCAUAGUGAAGGCGUUCCCAAGCCAGACUUCAAGAAUCUGAAGGGAUGUGGCUGUCAGGGACCAUGCGACCCCACUUCCAAGACAUGUUCAUGUCUCCAGCGCCAGCGUGAAUAUUACCCUUCAGACCAUGGUUUCAUCUACGAUUCAAAAGGGGUGCUCCGUCAACAUGACUAUCCCAUCUUCGAGUGCAAUGACCUCUGCGGAUGUUCUUCCGAAUGCAAGAAUAGGGUUGUUCAGCAUGGCAGAAGAUAUGCUGUAAAUAUUCAGAAGACUUCGAACAAGGGAUGGGGUGUGUUUGCUGGACCCAAGAAGAUCCCUAAGCAUACAUUUAUUGGUAUCUAUGCUGGAGAGUACUUGACGGAUGCUGAGGGUGAAAGUCGAGGCGGUACCUACAACAAAUUUGGUCGGACAUACCUCUUUGAUCUCGAUUUUCAUCAUCUGCAACAAGGAGAUCCGGAUUGGCAAACGAAGUAUUGUGUCGAUGCGUAUCAUGCAGGGAACUUUACUCGCUACUUGAAUCACAGCUGCGACCCCAACUGCAAUAUAAACGCGUGCUACAUUAACGAAGCCAACUUGGACAAGCCACUACUCACGAUCUUCACCUGUCGAGACGUUCAACCUGGGGACGAGCUGUGUUUCUCGUACUUCGGUAAUCCAGAUAGUGACGUGGAGGACGGCGAGGACGACGACGCAGAGGGUGAUUCCCAGAACGUCAAUGAUGGUGUAUAUGUACGAUGUCGAUGUGGAACAAGCAAAUGUAAAGGUAAGAUGUGGAAGUAG